AUGACGGAGUGGACUCUGCUCAAGCGACUCCUGGACGCCGUCCACCAGCACUCCACCAUGAUCGGUCGCCUGUGGCUCACCGUCAUGGUCAUCUUCCGGCUGCUCGUCGUCGCCGUCGCAACUGAGGACGUGUACACCGACGAGCAGGAAAUGUUUGUGUGCAACACCCUGCAGCCGGGAUGCUCCACCGUCUGCUAUGACGCGUUCGCACCCAUCUCCCAACCUCGCUUCUGGGUCUUCCACAUUAUCAGCGUCUCCACACCGUCCCUUUGUUUCAUCAUCUACACCUGGCACAACCUGUCCAAGCUGCCCCAGAACACCACCCAGAGGCAGGUUUACGACCGCAGCUGCGACUCGGACAGCUGCUCCAUUCGCUCCCAUAAGCACCUCGGUCACAGCCUGGCAGAUGUGCUGGAAGAGAGCAGUGCUGAGACUCAAAUGGCCUCUGGAGGGGUUCUGUCUAAAUGUUACAUCUUCCAUGUGUGUUUACGGGCUGUUCUGGAGCUGGGCUUUGUCCUGGCCCAGUGGAAGCUGUUUGGCUUCCAGGUUCCCGUCCAUUUCUUGUGCACCUCGGCCCCUUGCAGCCAGCCGGUGGACUGCUACGUCUCCAGGCCCACGGAGAAGACCAUCUUCCUGCUCUUCAUGUUUUGCGUGGGUGUUUUCUGCAUCCUGCUCAAUUUGCUGGAGCUCAAUCACCUGGGCUGGAAGAAGAUCAAACAGGUCGUGAGGCUGAGGGAGAGGGCGUCCUUAAGAGGGUGCCCACGUAUAAGAGGGGGUUAUGAAAACUUCCCUCCAGACAGUCCCUCUCUUACUUCCUCGUUAGGCUUUAGAGAAGUGACCAGCACCACGUCUCUGCCAACUUUGGAUUUGGUGGUUGGUCACCAGACCGACUGGACCUGUGCUGGGAACUGUGGCAUAAUCGGUGAGCCGGGAGAGGUGAGAGAGACUAGACUAGAGCCACCAAAGAGACAGGACCCCCGUAAAGGAGAGAAGCAGCCUCUGAAGAGUAAGAGGGAGGUCAGAGGACCCAAACCGAGGAGUGCUGAGGUUUGGAUAUAG